AUGAAUGACAUUGUCGGGACCAUGUUCAGUAAAGCCUUCAAGGAUGAACUUUUGAAACCGCAGCUGCUGUAUUCACACAGGACAAUGAAAGUCGUACUAACUCGCUUGGCACAUGUUUCGAUCAUGAAGCUGAAGACGGUCAGCAUGGAGAAGCUCUAUGAGCUGAUGAUCAUGGCCUUCAAGUAUCAAGUCUUCCACUGUCCGCGCCCUAAUGACCUUCUGCUCAUCUCAUACAACCAUAUCGACACCAUCAGGGAAUUUGUGAAAGACACUCCUGCCGUUGAGAACAAAGUGGAUGAAACUCAUAGGAAGAUCAUUGAGGUGUACUUGUCUGUGACUUCGGGUGAAUUCCAGCUUCUCCGACAAACGCUGCUCACAUUCUUGCAGGACACGCACAUCCACGUGAGUUCCUUGCUAUCUAAGUGUCCAUUUUUCCUGAAAAACAAAAUCCAGAAUCCCAACGGGAGUUUCGCCCUGUCAACCUCAGGCCCAGAGCCUCAUGGAAUGGAUGUUCCUGGGAUCAUUCGGAUAUUUGACAAUAAGGGACGACAAAUGCAGCAGAGAGUCACCUAUAUUUAA